AGGAUUGUGGGUGAUUUAAGAUCACGAAGAACACACAUAUGCAUCCUUUCCUGUAUAUGGGAUAUUUCUCGAAACAAAGGACUCAGUCCUUGGCUGAAAUUCCUAGGAUCCUCGACAUUGGAACAGUCCUUCGACGGACGUCGCUGACGUAGCAUCCUCGAAAUUCUGGCUUCCAACGAUCCUUCCUUGACAUUGAGAAACGGCUAUGGUUUGGAGCCAGGGCAAGCCAGGGCAAGUGCAGAAGGAGCCAUGGAGCCAGAGGUGGAGCCGCAAUAUCAAACUUCCGCUCAAACGCUUGUGCGCCCAAUUCAACCACACCAAUCAUAAUGACACGCCCCAUUUCUAUAGCAUCAAAUUAGCUAAAAUAAAACUUUGCACAAAAAUGAACACUUGAACAUAUAUCAGCGUGAUAACAACUAUCUUAAAAGACCAAAAACAUAUUUUGGAAAAUUUUAUUGGAAGUGUAAUUUUUUUUAUUUAGAGCAGUGUCCCGUUUGUUUGAAUGGAGAGGGUGGGGUUUAUGACUUGUACUACAGCCAGCCACCAGGGGGCGAUCAAAGAGCCAGAGGCUUCACUUUUCAAGGUGUAUAAGGCACACCCGAUAGACCAUUUACGCAAAAACCGGAAAUACGUAAACAACGCGUAAACGCAAUUCCGGUAUAAGCUUUGUUGUUGGUGGAGAAAUGGCAGCUAGAGUGUUUCCGACUUUCCUAAGUUGUCUACCGAAGUUCACCAGCACCGAUGUGGUGAAGAGUGUGAGUAUAAAUUCGUCCACUAAAGGGAACAAACUGGAUAAGGGAUAUAAAUUCUUCCGCGCGGAGUUUAUCCACAAUUAUCAAGGUGUGUUUGGUGAUGAAAUGAAGUCAGUGUCAGUGAUGGAGGGAGAUUCUGUUACUCUACACACUAAUACUAAACUACAGACAGAUGAUGUGAUACAGUGGAUGUUUGGACCCGAAGAGACUCUCAUAGCUCGAAUCAAUAAACCAGCUAAUAAGACAUCAAUAUAUGCUGAUGUCCUUGAUGGGAGAUUUAGAGACAGACUGCAGGCGAAUAAUCAGACUGGAGAUCUCACCAUCACAAACAUUACAACUCAACAAACUGGACUUUAUAAUAUAACCAUCACUGGCAAGAAGAAGACCUCAUAUAGAUUCAAUGUUACUGUCUAUGGUCUCUCAUCAGGUCAUAAAGUUGUGAUCUGUUGUGCUGCUGUUGGAUCUCUGAUGAUUGUCACUUCAGUCGUGAUCUUCUGGAUCUACAGAAAACACAAAAACACAGAAGCAACAGUUCAGAGCUGUGGAGAAGAGAUCACGUACACAGAUCCAUCAUUCUGUAAAAGACAAACACAUAAACCGAUUGCUCCAGUGGAGGAUGAGGUGGUGUAUGCAGGCUUCAAUAAAAGACCAUGAUCAAACUUAUUUUGUAUAGAUUGUUAAACAAUUUAUUGUCAUAUCUGUUUCAAUGGUUAUUUCAUUUGAAGGGACAUUCCACUUUUUUCUUUAAAUAAACUCAUUUUCCAGCUCCCCUAGAGUUAAACAUUUGAUUUUUUUUACCAUUUUGGAAUCCAUUCAGUUGAUCUCUGGGUCUGGCGCUAGCACUUUUUGCAUAGUUUAGCACAAUUCAUUGAAUCUGAUUAGACCAUUAGCAUCGCGCAAAAAAAUAACUAAAGAUUUGUGAUAUUUUAAACUGGCGUAAUAAUCUGUGACUUUGCUGAUGUAACAUGGCUGAAAAUAGUCCCCUUGGUUACUUUCAAUAGCAGGGGACAAUUUUUGUGCAGUGCGUAAUAUCACUACAAAACUGCAGCUGGACCCGGAGGCCUGAAGACUGCCUUAUAAGCUCACAAUGAUGAUUGACAGGCCUGAAUGUUUAGGCUCCUCUCGAACCUACGUUUAAACUACAUUUAACAAAUUUUAUUGCCUUUCACUUCAAAACCUAUAAGUGCAUGCAAAAGUCUCCUGUCACUCAUCACUGUCCUGAAUAAAAACAAAAGGCUCAGAAAUUCAGCCAAUAUCCUGAUAUAUGUUCAAUAAAUCUCCUUUAACGAUUUAAAACUCUUCCACCUUGACAUGUGCGUGUCGUCGAUCUUGGGAUUCGUCUAACAUGGAACUUGAUUUUUUAUCUUGACUAGUGAUGAGUUGCUGUACGUCACCACAGGGAAAAUAAGACAAUCGCUAUGUCUGUUUCAUGGCGACUUGAAAAUGCUGUUUUAUUUAUGACACAUAUUGAGCAAUGCAGACAACUCUCCAUACAAGAGGCGUCUAGAAGCUGUAAUCACCAAAAAAGGCUUUUCUACAAAGUAUUAAAUAAAGUGUGUUACUUAUUCCCUAUCAUUUCACUUUAUUUAUUAUGACUCAACUUGUAUACUUAAAUGUUCUGAUUUCUUUGUAUGAAUUCAAUAUUUGGCUUGAUGGCUAUAUCUGGUGGAAAUUUUGUGUCAAUAGCCCACUUAGAAAUCCCCUUACUGAUAAAAAUGCUAAUGUGUCAAAUACUUAUUUUCCCCACUGUAUAUCCGAGUGAAACGGCUUUUGAAAUGAUUGGAUCGUGUUGCUAAUUGCUAGUCACCGCAAUCUAUUAAUUUACCUUAAUUUUCAAAGAUGCACGAAUGGCUAUAUAAUAAUCACUAAAAAUCUCACCAGAUGUGCGUUGUUUUCAUCCUAAUUCUACCUAUAAACCCAACAUCUCGCAAGAUUUAACCUAACAGUAGCUGUAUCUCAUCUAGC